UAACUCUUCCCAGUACCUAUGGUCGCGUAAACAACUACCUAGCUCUGGGAAUUGGCUCCGCAGCCCCCGGUGGGCAAUCCCUUCAACCUGGGACUGACAUGGAUCCAAAUCCACGAGCAGCCCUGGAGCGCCAGCAGCUGCGUCUCAGGGAGCGGCAGAAGUUCUUCGAGGACAUUUUACAGCCAGAGACGGAGUUUGUUUUCCCCUUAUCCCAUCUGCAUCUUGAGUCACAAAGACCCCCCAUAGGUAGCAUCUCGUCUAUGGAAGUGAAUGUGGACACACUGGAGCAGGUGGAAUUUAUUGAUCUUACGGAUCAGGAUGGAGCCGAUGUGUUCUUACCUUGUGAGGAUUCUCCGCCAACUCCCCAGAUGUCUGGAGCGGAUGACCAUCAAGAGGAGCUGAGCCUGCUGGUACCCACAUCAGACAGGACCACAUCCCGGACCUCCUCCUUGUCCUCUGACUCCUCCAACCUGCGCAGUCCAAAUCCAAGUGAUGGGGGAGGAGACACUCCUUUGGCACAGUCUGAUGAGGAGGAUGGGGAUGAUGGAGGGGCAGAGCCUGGACCCUGCAGCUAGCAGUGGGCCUCUUAUAGACUGACCAAUCUGGCUGUUCUCCAUGGAGAGGAGACCCUAGACCCAGCAGAGCACUCUGGAGAAGACCUGACACUUUCCUUCAGCACCAAAGGGAGGGAAGGAUGGUGGCUGGUGUGUCUGAGAGUUAGCCUCCCCCCGCUUACUGCUAACGCUGUCCUGCUGCCAUGCCCCCACAGUGCUUUCUUCUGAGGUAGGACUUCCAAGGGAGACUCUAGAGGUGAGGUGGGACAAGAUGCCACUGUCCCCUAUGCCCUCAAAUGAUCCUGUAGUCUUCCACUAGAGUCUCCUAUGCCAGUGUCUCUGAGGGGAAGUUCUGAGAAGUUCACUUUCCAGUUAUCCUGCCUCUAUAAGUCCUUUUGGGAACAGGAUAUGGUAUAAAUAAUAAAUAAUAAUAUACCGCUCA